UUCCAUUGUUUUGAUUCUGCAAAAAUGCUGUAAAAAAGUAGAUAAUUGUUUAGUACCUAAAUAAUUGUAAUAAAUUAUUGUGAAUUAAUGUGUAGGGCAAGGAGAAAGUUAGUCAAGAAGCAGCAGAGGAAACGACGCCGCCAAAAACAAGCAAAAGAACGCGACAAAUUGGAGGAGGAGGCACAAAAUUUGAGACUUUUGCAGCCGGAUUACCAGAAAUGGCUGCAGAAACAGCAGGAAAUGGAGGAAUUUCAGCGCCUUGUGGCCGAACGAGAGCACCAGGAUGCGGAGGAGUGCUGGCUGCGAUGCGAGGCCAUCGCCCAGCGGCAGUUCCGCAUUGACGAGGCCAAAAGACGCAGGGAGCAGGAGGAAGUGGACCGACUGCAGCGGGAACAGGCCAAAGAGCGGGCGGAACGGGAGGAAACACAAAGGAAGCAGCGCGAAGAGGAGCUCCGCAAAGCCGCCAAGGCAGCCGCCGAAUUCGAUGCCAUGAUGGAGAGCAUGGCCGAGUACCUGAACAACCCGCGCGUGGAGAAGCCACCGAAACACUUGCUCCGCGUGAUGGAAACCCAACCGGGAGAACGACCAUGCGAAUUCUUCAGUCGCACCAACUGCUGCCGUUACGGUCAUGCCUGCACCUUCAACCAUCGACGACCAAUGCUGGCCAGGAUCCUGCUCAUCCGGCACUUCUUCAACCACUCCAUGCUGCGGGAACAGCGGACACACAAAGAGUACGCCUCCGCGGAGGAGCACUUGGAGCUGACCGAACAGGAUCUGCGCAGCGACUACGACGAGUUCUUCGACGAUGCCGUCGAGGAACUGGAGAAGUUUGGCCAAAUCGUCAACUUCCGAACUGUGCGCAAUACGCUCGAACAUUUGAGGGGAAAUGUCUUCGUGGAAUACACAAACGAACGAUCUGCCCUUCGCGCUUUUACCAGUCUUCAGGGUCGAUUCUAUGCCUCCAAGCGCCUGAGCGUGGAGUUCUCCAAUCUGAAAACCUGGCGUGGCGCAGUGUGCGGUUUGUCCUUAACACGUAAAUGUCCCAAAGGUAACGUCUGCGGCUAUCUGCAUAUAUUUCGCAAUCCAAACAAUCUGUUCAACACGGAUCUGGAAAAUACGACGACUCCAAGAAGUGAACGACGCUCUAGGCAAACUCCUACGGCCAAGACUCCAAGUUGGGAUGACCACAAUGAGCAUGGUAGGAACUGGCGCUGGUCAGAGAGCCCUGAGAUGGAGCUGGAAAACUCCAAAGACUUAAGCAACAGCAUUAGGAACUCUGGAACAAGACAGGAUCUCAAAAACUCCCAUCAGACGGAGUUCAAUUCCAGAUCGAGAAGUGAUAAAUGGUCAGCCCGAUUGAAUCGUGGUAGAUGCUCUAAAAGAUAUCGCAGCUCAUCGGGAUCAUCCCAUGAAGAUCGAAGAUCAAACAGAUAUCAGCCAAACCAACGCCAAUAAAAAGCCAAAGUAUUCA